AUGCAUAAGGUGUACGGUCCUCAUUGUGCUGUGAAUGACAAUAUGGUUUCAGCAAGUCAAAUAGAUGAAAUUGGUGAAAGUGACGAUGACGAAGAAGAACAAGAGUUUGCAGAAGAAGGUGAUAACAAUGAAGAAGACGAUAUUUAUGGUAUACCAGAAUCAGGACCACAUCAAUCGAUGGGAAAUCAGCCAUCAGUGCCGAUUGAGAUACCUACACAUAACCGACGAUCUAGGCAACAUGGUAACAGAGGUGGUAGAACUAAUAGUAGGGGACGAAACCAAUCUAGCCGCCAGACAACACAAACCCCGCGAAGAAGAGCUGUUAUGGACACACACCUAACAAAUAUUGAGUCGUAUCUUGCAACUAUGCAAACGCCAAUCCAGAUGCUCAAUGCACGUAGCCAAGCGAAUGAAGAUUAUGAGCGUGAAUCUUGGUUGCAACUAAAUAAUUACAACAUAGAAAAAUUUACAGAUUUUUGGUGGGCAUCAUCGGAGAUUUUAAGAGACCCGUUCGAGCAAAAGAGGUUUGUGCUUUUGAAAGAUAACGAAGAGAGGAUUCGUUUUCUUGAAGGUGUGACAGGGUAUGAUCGUAGUGGAACAUUUCGGGGUAGUCCGUGGAAACGUCAACUCAGUGGUUCUAGCGGACCAAGUAGUAGAGGAUCAUUUGGUAGUGGAUCUGGUUCGCCUGGCGUAGGAGGGUUUUCACAGUUUAGUAAUGCUGGGUUUUCAAACAUUGGGGGAACUUCAAAUUUUGGCAGUGAAGGUCCUUCAAACUUGGGAGGGUUUUCGAAUUUUGGUGGUUCCGGUUCUCCGAAUCAAUUCAGAAGAAGACAAGGAUUUCAAGUUCCAAAUUCUCAACAACAAUUUGAUGAGAAUUUAAAUCCCCGAGUUGUCUCUGAUGAAGGGUUUGAAUAUAGACCUGCGUCUUCAUCUGAGUUACUCGGACGUUUCAAUUUGUCUGAUUUCAAUCGUAACGUUAGAAACAAUGAUAAUAAUGGAGACAAUUAA